AUGGCGUGCUUGAAAUUAAAAGAACUUGAAUCUUGGCUUCAAGAUAUUGACAUUUUUGAAAAGCCAAAGGUGUGGCUAGAGCAAUAUGCGACCUCUCCACACAUCGGUAGCCGUAUGCUAUAUACAAUGCAGUCUUGUUAUGGAGACAUAACAGGGAAGUUGGUAGCAGAUUUGGGCUGCGGAUGUGGUGUUCUUUCGGCAGGUGCUGCAAUGCUUGAUGCAGCACAGUGUGUGGGAUUUGAGAUAGAUACUGAUGCUUUAAGUAUUUUUUCGCAAAACAUAUCAGAACUUGAACUUACAAACGUUGAUGUAGUGCAGUGUGAUGUGACUAAUGGGUUGCCACUAUGUUUUGACAAAGUGUUUGAUGUUGUCGUUAUGAAUCCACCAUUUGGUACAAAACGCAAUCAAGGUGUAGAUGUUAAGUUUCUUGAAGUGGCUGUGAAAUUAGCCAGUGAGGCAGUUUAUUCUCUUCAUAAAACCUCAACAAGAGAAUACAUCCUAAAUAAAGCCUCAAACUGGAACAUGAAAGCUGAAGUUCUAGCAGAGCUGCGUUUCAAUUUACCAGCUUCAUAUAAAUUUCACAAAAAGAGUUGUGUUGACAUCGAUGUUGAUUUCAUUAGAUUUUCAUUUUUAUCAUAAAAUAAAUAAUGUAUGUAAAUAG